AUGCAACGGGGUGAUGCCAUUUCGUGGUGGGUGAUAGGCAACAGGAAUUUCGGAUUUGGUCUAUUCCGUGCACAAGAUGAAAACGAGAGUGAUUUCGAAAUAAUGGACCAAAUUGUUCCGACCUUCCCCUGGAUGCCUGGACCAACAGUUACACCAUUAGAUGAGAGCAUCAAGAUUACAGAGGUGCUGCAAACCCUCGCAAAAUCAUUUGCUCUCUAUUUAAGCCUUAUGUUCGUUUCCAGGAUGGCCUCUAUAAGAUCUGGAUUAGCAACGAGCGAUCAUGGUGGUCAACGUUAA